AUGCUCUUCAAAUACCCUGCUCCAGGCAUAUGUAUGAGUGGCAGUGCCUGCUCCUGGCCAACGCUGAUCGCACGAUGUGACAGUCCCGACGCUCUACGGGAUGUCAUGAACUGGAAUGAGGUAGAUUUCGAGUGGACAAGAUGGAUCCACCCCGAACCGAUUGGUGAGACCCUCGCCAUCUUGCGGACUGGCAAACAGAUCUGCGAGGAGGCCUUACCAAUGUUCUACGGCCUGAACAACUUCUUCUUCGAAGACCACCGCAUCACCGGCUUAUUGGCCAAAACGCUGCCUCCUUCCCGAGCCAAGUUUUUCAAGAAUAUCCACAUCCAGCUCGUUAGGCUUGACCGAGAUGGCAAAGCAUUCGAAGACUCGUUCGACACGCUGUCGAAGCUGUCUCUCGACAAGUUGACGUCAUCGAUGUCAAAGGAUACUGAGCGUUGCUGGCUCAGCGACUUCCAAGGCCGUGGGAAAGGGCUAUGGACGGAGAACAAGUUCUACAGGCGUCGCUUAUAG